GACCAGGACAGACUAUAGAACAGAAUAGAAGUCCAUUGGUAAAAACAUAAUGAAAAUACAAUUGCUGCUUCUGCAACAAGCGCUUCAUAAAAUGGAUGAGUCCUUAAGUUAAUGUCCUAAAUAAAUAAAUUAAAAACAAAGGUCCACAACCUUAAAAAUUGAAAUCCUAAGUAUCCAGGUUUAUUGUUGACAGCAACUUCAUGAGAUAGUAGGACCCACGGUGAUCGUGACAGUGAUAUCCAGAGCCCUGUAACCUGGAGUUCCAGUAUCUGAGUUCAGAGCAGUUGCAGCCCAGAGGAGCAAGACACAAAGGCUGCACUGUUUGUAGCUGUUGUCUGUCUGUGGUGGAUGUGAUUUUUUUUGGCAGAGCCUGCUGCCAGCCUCUGCUGCUCAGAGGGGGGCACGGGCAUCCCUUCCCCCGUAUCUCAGCAGAGGUGUGUGAACCAUUGGCGAGGGUUGAUGCUACUGGAGGGUCGACAGUGCUGCUGCGUUUACAGGAGCAGCAGGGCCAUGGCAGGUGCACAGAGAGGCACAGGGCGUCCACGCUGCUGUCUGAUCAGCUGUGUUGCUACCGUUUCACUCCUCCUCCUCUUCAGCCAAGCUUUAAAAGCCAGACACCAGGACGACAGGCACAGAAGACACAUCCAGAACUCCACCGAAACCCCUGCAGGGCUCAUUGAUCCAGCUGCCAUCGACCUCACUCCCCUGGUCAAUACGUUAAUAAAUUCAAGCCACUCGGGCUCCCGUCAGCUCUUCUCCCUCCUCAGCGUGACGUCCUACAGCUCUCUGGCUCUGCAUAAACUCACCCUGCUGGUCUACAACAUUUCCAGCAUCAGAAGUUUGGAAAGCAGCGUGUUCAGGAGGAGAUUCUGUUACUGUGUCACCAAUGAGACCAACGAUCUGACCGACUUCACGGCCGUCCUGUUGGAUGUGAUGGGAAACUCUACCAGUUACUUACACGAGCUCUUCAAGUCUGCCUCCAUAUUAUCAGUGAGCCAGAGGAACGACUCGGGCUGUAUUUACAUCUGUGUCAUGGCGGGUACCGUGGGCAGAGAGCUGCCGGCGCUCUGGGAGGUCGACUCCAUCACUCCACUGUUCAACCAGACCAUCAUCAAAGGACCUCACAGAAUUGGCAGUGACUCCUCCUUCAGGCUUCCUGUCGAACGGCACCAACUGCCCACAAAUCUGAGUCACGUCGCUCCAUCUGGGAUGAGCUCGGUGUUCCGAGUCCAGGCGACCGCACACGCAGUUUCACCAGCUCCAACAAUCACAGCUCCAGGGCCACAGGAAACGCCUCAGCACUUUACAGCAGCCGUGCUGCAAAGUGCAGCGGACACAGCAGAGAUGACAAAGAUGUGGACGACAGCCCAGGCACAGGCUUCAGAAAGGCCAACAGUGACAAUUCUGCAACCAGCCGCAGUGUCGACCCAGCCGGUCGCCACUGUGUCAGUGCCAGCUGCUGCAGCUCCUUUCAGUACGACCCAGGCGUCCAUGGUGUCACACAGACCUACAGUGUUCUCACCAGGGGUCAACCAGACCUGGCUGAGCGCACACCCAGAGAGAACAACUGGACUUUCUCCUGCCCACCCCACAGAGGGGCCUGUGGCAGCCAGGAGGACUACGGCACGCAGUAGGGCUGAGGAACCAGAGAAGCCAGGUUGUCCUCGGCGAAGGCCGCCGCCGAUCAGCAGGUUGACCUCCGGCGGCCCAGCGACAGUCGGUGCUCACAAGCUGCAGCCCUGUGUCCUCGAGCUCUGCCGGUUCUUCUCUCAGUGCCUCUGCAGACCCUUCAGCCACAAGACGCGCAUGAAAAGAUACUGCGACGACAGGCACCCCUGGUAUGAAGAACACACGCCUGAGGUGUGUUGGCGGGUCAGGAGAGUGGCCUUCUCCAGAAAUCUGAAACAGAGAUGCCUGACAAAGAUGUGCAAUAACCUGUGACCACAGUGGAAGCAGAGAGAGACAAAGAGCUGUUCAUCAUCACAGGACGUGACUGAAACUACAAACGACAGCUGAGAACAGUUGUAGAACAUCUGCAGAAUGUAUGGAAACAAAAUCUGCUAAUUUUCAAGUCUGUAUGGGUUUCAUGUGACUGUAGACAUCUGCCAUCUGUCAUACUCUGACAUUCAUCAGUAUGAUAUACCCAGUGAUUUAGUUUAUAGAGCCAAGACUAAAUGUACUGCAUGACUCACACUGAGCAAAGAAACCAAUUUAGAUUUUUUUAUCAGUUUAAAAAACUCUGGUUGAUUUCCCAGCUGCCCCUGUAGAUCGACGCAUGACUGCACUUCACACAGACACCUGGCGUAAAAGUAGCAUGUCCGCUGGUAGAUCUGCUCCUCAGUUUGAAGCUGUUUGAAUAAUAGAAUUAAACAUUGCAGCUUUCUGAAUGCCAUGUUGAAUUCUUUAAGAGCUCACAGACCAGACCAACCGUGUUCUGACUGACUUUUUCUCUUAGAGCUUCACAAUCGUCCCUCUUGCUUGUGGUGACUGUCCCAUAUGGACCACCUGGGUUUUUCUAAUGGGACUUUUCCCACAUUUUACAGAAUUGUCCAGUUUUUGAGGAUAAAGUUGAGGAAAUUGAAAGUUACACUUGUCAAAGUGGUGAUAUUGUCCCUCACUGAAGGAAAAACAUGCAGCUGAAGGCCUCAAAAACUAGUAAGUGGCCCUUGUGAAGCUUCGAUUCUCUUUAGGGAGAAUUGCCUUAAACGAAUCCCUAAACUCGCCACUUGUUUCAUCUUAAUGUCUUCAUGACGUGCAUGUCCAAGCACAGGAGCAGAGACACACUUCAGCCCUUGUGAUGACCUCAAAACAAUUUGACACGACCGUCCUCCCCCACAGAUGCACCCAUACAAUACCCCAGUGU